GAGCUGUCAGUCGGCCCCACGGCGCCCUCGUAUGCACUCUGUUGACGCCUGUGUCUGCCCGGAUCUUGAGCUCCCGAAGGGCGCGGGCUGGGGAAGUUCCCGGGCUCCGCUGAGCACUUCGGCAACGUGGGGAAGGGGUCUGGGGUUGUCAAAUGACUCGUCUGCCGUUCCAGGUUGCCGGAGCCCAGUAGUCUGCCUGGCGUCUCCCCGGAGGCCUUGGGCUGCAGGGGGGCCUGGCCGGGCCCGAUGCUCGGGGGCCCUCGGUCGCCGGGUCAGGGCGGGGUGGGGCGAGGUGGUCCCGAGGGGCAGGGCGGGGCGCUGCGGGCGCUCCCAAGCUCUGCAGCCGCGGCCCAGGGGCGGGGGCGGGCGAUGCGGAAGUGCCAGGCGGGCGGGAGGCGCAGCUCGGGGAGAGCUCAGCUCGGCCCCGCCGCCCGGCCCGUGCUCCCGGGCGCAGCCACGCGGGCGCACCGCAGACAGACCCCUUGGCCAUGAACCAGCCUGCCCCCAGGGCACCCCCUCCACCCCGCCGCGUGCGAUUAAAGCCCUGGCUGGUGGCCCAGGUGAACAGCUGCCAGUACCCAGGGCUGCAGUGGGUCAAUGGGGAAAGGAAAUUCUUCUGCAUCCCCUGGCGCCAUGCCACGCGGCACGGCCCCAGCCAGGACGGAGACAAUACCAUCUUCAAGGCCUGGGCCAAGGAGACAGGAAAGUACACGGAGGGGGUGGACGAGGCCGACCCGGCUAAGUGGAAGGCCAACCUGCGCUGUGCCCUUAACAAGAGCCGUGAUUUCCGCCUCAUCUAUGAUGGACCCCGCGACAUGCCACCUCAGCCCUACAAGAUCUACGAGGUCUGCUCUAAUGGCCCUGCUCCCGCAGAGUCGCAGCCCGGUGAGGACUACACUUUUGGUCCAGGAGAGGAGGAGGAGGAGGAAGAGGAAAACGGGAGCUCAGGACCAUUCUUGGCAGCACCUGCCUGCACUGACGUGCUCCAGAGGAUGUUACCAAGCCUGAGCAUCACAGAAGCAGUGCAACCUGGCCCCCCCAUGGCACCCUAUUCUUUACCCAAAGAGGAUGUCAAGUGGCCGCCCACUCUCCAGCAGCCUGUGGUGCUGGGCCCUCCUGCACCAGACCCCAACCUCCUGUGCCCCGCCCCCGGCAACCCUGCUGGCUUUGGGGAGCUUCUCCCUGAGGUCCUGCCGGGCCUGCAGCCCGGGCCCCUGGCUGCCAGCCUGCCCCCCACGGGUGAACAACUCCUGCCCGACCUGCUGAUCAGCCCCCACAUGCUGCCUCUGACUGACCUGGAGAUCAAGUUCCAGUACCGGGGGCGGCCACCUCAGGCCCUCACCAUCAGCAACCCACAGGGCUGCCGGCUCUUCUACAGUCAGCUUGAGGCCACCCAGGAGCAGGUAGAGCUCUUCGGCCCUGUGACCCUGGAGCAAGUGCGCUUCCCCAGCCCUGAGGACAUCCCCAGCGACAAGCAGCGCUUCUACACAAACCAGCUGCUGGAUGUCCUCGACCGCGGGCUCAUACUCCAGCUGCAAGGCCAAGAUCUGUAUGCCAUCCGCCUGUGUCAGUGCAAGGUGUUCUGGAGCGGGCCCUGCGCCUCAGCUCACGGCUCACACCCCAACCCCAUCCAGCGGGAGGUCAAAACCAAGCUCUUCAGCCUGGAGCAUUUUCUCAAUGAGCUCAUCCUGUUCCAGAAGGGCCAGACUAACACCCCACCGCCAUUUGAGAUCUUCUUCUGCUUUGGGGAGGAAUGGCCUGACCGCAAACCCCGAGAGAAGAAGCUCAUCACUGUACAGGUGGUGCCUGUAGCAGCUCGGCUGUUGCUGGAGAUGUUCUCAGGGGAGCUUUCUUGGUCAGCUGAUAGUAUCCGGCUACAGAUCUCAAACCCAGACCUCAAAGACCGCAUGGUGGAGCAGUUCAAGGAGCUCCAUCACAUCUGGCAGUCCCAGCAGCGGUUGCAGCCUGUGGCCCAGGCCCCUCCUGUGGCAGGCCUCAAUGCUGGCCAGGGGGCCUGGCCCAUGCACCCGGCUGGCAUGCAACAAUGAGACUGCAGACAGUGACUGGCACAGGCUUCCCAGGUGGCUGUGUGGGCUCAUGUGAAGGUAUGAUGGCCUCAGUGGGCACCUGACUGGCUGCAGGGCCCUCUAGCUGGGUCUCCUGGAAGUGGAUCUGCACCAAGGAGAGGGGAAGAGAGGUUCCAAGUUCCAGGCUUUCUCCUGUAGCACCCGAGGGAAGCUGGUAGCACUUUGCUUUGAGGACGGUCUUCCUGUAUAUGUCUGUCCUCUGCUCACUCCGGAGGAACUCAGCCAUUGGCCCCAGUGAGCAGAGGAGUUAACUCCACCAACCCUGGGGGCCUAGUUGAGAGGGAAUUGUCCCAGCGUGGCCCACUCUUGUGGUUGCCCCCAAUUCCUCAGGCAAAAAGAGCCAAGUGCUACGGGCCAUGCUCCCUCAGCAAGGCAUGGGCCUGAUCCGAUUUUGGGGUUCCCUAGUUUGAGUCUCACUUCCUUACAUCUCUCUCCCUCCUGAGAUAGGCACUUAGGUAUCACACCAGAUCCUUAAGACCGGCAGCUACCUCCUUCUUCAGAGUCUAAGAAUAUGGGGUAGAAGUGGAAUUUUAUGUCUUUUUCAGUUAAUAAAUAUUAAAAACAGAUUCAGCUA